AUGGUUUCGGUUUUCAUCCUCCCGAUAAUCGCCCUCAUCCACGGACACCACUCGACGGCGAUUAUUGAUCAGAAAAAAUCGAGGUACGCUCGGAAGUUGGUGGUGAAAAAGCUGAACAAUUUUCAGACUAAACAGCCGAAGCACCACCUACAAUCAGACUUUGAUUCGGUACACGACGAAGGUGUUGGACACGAUUCUCCUCAAUCAGGACAAACAUUUUCGACCGGUGAACCCGGGUACGUAAUGUAGAGCCGGAUGGCUGAAAUUUUUCGCGCAGCAUAACUAGCAUAUCUUUUACUUUAUUUUUCCUGUUCACAACUUUUUUCUAUACUCAUUCUCUGGAGUACUGUAGCUCUUGGAAGUCAGGACGACCUCAGAUUCUCACAAAGUUGUAGCCCUAACUUCCGAGAGCUACAGUACUCCAGGGGGUGGUGCUAGAGAAAUAUUGUCAAUUACAAAAAUGACGUACUAGUCGUGCACUUGAUUUUUGUAAUAGACAACUUUUUUUUAUAGUCACUCUCUGGAGUACUGUAGCUCUUGGAAGUCAGGACGACCUCAGAUUCUCACAAAGUUGUAGCCCUAACUUCCGAGAGCUACAGUACUCCAGGGGGUGGUGCUAGAGAAAUAUUGUCAAUUACAAAAAUGUAGUGCAUGUCUAGAACUUGAUUUUUGUAGUUGGCACCUUUUUUGUAAAAUCACUCCCUGGAGUACUGUAGCUCCGAGUUUCCAGACAACUCGCCGCUGCAAGUCGAAGUGGACAUAUCCGUCAGAUCUAUGGGUCCGAUUUCAGAGCAAAAUAUGGUAGGAUUGCACAAUUCGAGUACUAGAACUCAUUGAAUCACUUCAUUUUUUCCUUCAAGGAAUUCUCGCUCGACUGUUAUUUCCGUCAAAAAUGGCUGGACCGUCGGCUCGCGUUCACUCCGAUCAAUCCAUCGAAGCCGGAGAUUCCGUUGGCGAGCAAGAUGCUCAAAGAUAUUUGGGUGCCGGACACGUACGUCCGCAAUGGACGCAAAUCCUACUUGCACACACUGACAGUGCCCAAUAUUCUGUUCAGAGUCCGAUCCGACGGACAGGUCCAUGUUUCGCAGAGGUCGGUCCGAGUAAACUCACGUUUUCUCGCUUCAUUUUCAAGAUUUCUCAAGUGUUAAAAAAUGAAUCGAAAGAUCAUUUCAAGCUCUACAACUUUCUAGUUGACCGUUUUUCAUGAGCACGCUCCUCCGCUCAGAUAUUAGACUUUUAAAAGAUGAGUAUCUCAUCUACACCGUGUAACACCUUGCUUUCAAACUGAAAUAUCUCAGUUCAAGGACAAGAUCGUAAAAAAUUGUAAACUAGAAAGUUGUAGAGCUUGAAAUUAUCUUUCAAUUCGUCUAUAAACAAUUGUAAAAUCGCCAUCUCAGACUCACAAUCCGGUCCCGCUGCCAAAUGUUUCUGAAAAAGUUUCCGAUGGACACUCAGGCGUGUCCGAUCGAGAUCGGCUCUUUGGGAUACUUUGCCAGUGACGUCAUCUACCGAUGGAAGGACGUGGAACUCGAUUCGAAGAUGGGAAACAUGCUCAGCCAGUAUCAAGUGCUCUCUUUGUCCAAGUCGGAAAGGAAUCUCUCCGAUUUUCGGUUCACUCAUAAAAGUGAGUGUAACUCGGGAACCAGUCGUUGUUUUGUAAAGCUGUCAACUAGAAAAUUGUUCAAAAUCGUGUGCUAAACAACUUUUUAGUUGACAAUUUUAUCCCAAAAUUGUCCAUUCUCAAGUUAUGGGCCAGUUUCUAAAACGCUAGUGUCAUAUCAAUACAGUUUAUUCAAUGUGGUGUAUCUCGACUGGCGGUAGAGAUAUCGAAAAGUUGUCAACUAGUAAAUUGUUUCUCACACAAUUUUGAACACUUUGGCAGUUGACCACAUUUCGAUAUCUCUAGAACCAGCAGAGAUACAUCGCGUUAACCAACCGCCGCUUGCAGACAUUUCGGUGCUGAACGUCUACUUCAAACUGCAACGCCAACAGGGCUACUACAUCCUCCAAAUCUACACCCCGUGCACGUUGGUCGUCGUCAUGUCGUGGGUCUCGUUCUGGAUCAACAAGGAAGCGUCGCCGGCGCGCGUCUCCCUCGGAAUCAUGACGGUCCUUUCGAUGUCGACGAUCGGAUUCGGACUGCGCACGGAUCUGCCGAAAGUCUCGCACUCGACCGCCCUAGACAUUUACAUAUUGUGCGUCGGUUUCAUUUGUUUGACACGUUUCGAAACAAUCAUUUUCCAGAAGCUGUUUCGUGUUUCUGUUCGCCGCGAUGGUCGAGUACGCGGUGAUCAACUACGCACAAAUUGUGUACAUUCGGAAGCAAGUGCACGAUUUGAAGGGUCUCGAACAGAACAGUGCGGUUAGUUUGAAAGCUCUCCAAUAAAGAAGAAGAAGAAAGAAGCGAGCAAUUCGAUUCGAUUCAAUUCAAUUCAAUGUUCAGAUGGGUCAGAUGCGAAUGUUCACUGCGGGACUGAUGGGCGCCCGACGCGACACCAUUCAGGUCGACGAUUUGGCGGUGGAGAAGGAGGAGGCGCGACUGAAGGCGGUGCCGUGGUGGAAGAAACUGUGCAACCGGGACCAGCACGCGAGCACUUCCGUCUUCUACCGCAUGGCCGUCAAGGCAGCGAUCGCCAAGAAAACGCUUCGGAACGGAGACCCCGCCGAGGUGAACGAUGAUUAUGUCGAGAAGUGGUUAAUCAGUGCUCGUUGCAGGUCGUCAACAAUAUCGACAACUUCUCAAAGUGGGCCUUUCCCUCCUUGUACAUAAUGUUCAACUUUUUCUACUGGGUCGCAUAUCUCUACUGGAUCCCCGACGAAAUCGACAGUCUGCCCAAUAUUUCUGGCGAAUAUGCGAAUUGA